UUUCUCUCUUAGGGCACAGAAGAAAGAGCAAUUAAAGCCCAGUGGAAAACGAAAACGAAAACGAAAACACAAAAAACAAAGAAUACAUUUUUAUUACUUAUUACCAAAGAACGUUUCUGAUAAAAAGUCACGCACAGGCACAGCAACAACAACAACAACAACACAGAUAGAUCUUUAUUUUUUUUUCACUUUGUGUUUUUGCAACUAUGGCUGACUCUACUACUGAAACCCUAGAAUCCAAACCUCCGCAACCCGAACCCGAAGCCCCAAAUCCCCAACCCGAUCCACAACCUCAAUCGUCAACUCCUCCACCGUCGUCCACAUCUACGCCGAUCGCUGUAAACCCUAAUUUGAACACUCCGCCACCACCGCCGCCGGCGCCGCUACAGCCACAGUUACAGCCUCAGCAUCAGCCUCAGCAGGUCUCCUACGUGGCGCCACCGCCGGUGCCGCAGGUAUCCGGCGGCGGAGGAGUUGUCAUGCCUCCUCCUCCUCCAUCUGCGCCUUCGUUCCGGCCGGUGCCGCAGUUCUCGCCCAUACCGAAUUACCAAAACCCUGGUGUUCAGCCUCCCGGUGUGGCUCCGAUGAUGCAGAUGCCGCCGUAUCAGAUGCAACAGCAGCAGCAGCAGCACCCGGGGCAGCCUAUGAGGCCUUACGCGCCGCCGCCGCAGAUGCCUAUGCCGAAUGGUUAUCCCGGACUUCCUCGUUAUCCAUCUCCAUACCCAGCUAUGGUUCGACCUACAUUCCCUAUGCGCCUACCAGGAGCAAUUGGUGUGCCUCCAAUAGUGUCACGCCCUCCUAUUCCAGGGGUUCCUGGAGUUGUUCGCCCCAUUAUAUCCCCUGUUAUUAGGCCAGCUGUUGUUCCUACUGUUACUUCAGCUGAGAAACCACAAACCACAGUUUACAUUGGUAAGAUUGCAUCAACAGUGGACAAUGAUUUUAUGCUGUCUCUUCUUAAGCUAUGUGGACCUGUCAAAAGUUGGAAACGUGCUCAAGAUCCCACAGAUGGGACUCCUAAAGGAUUUGGGUUCUGUGAAUUUGAGUCUGCUGAAGGGGUUCUUCGUGCAUUGCGCCUACUUAGUAAAUUCAAUAUUGAUGGGCAAGAAUUGGUGUUAAAUGUCAAUCAAGCUACAAAAGAAUAUCUGGAACGGUAUGUUGACAAACAAACUGAAAACUCAAAGAAACUUAAAGAUGCACAAGCUGCAGCGCCUGAGAAAGAGGAGGGAAGUGCAGUAGGGGUUGAGAAGAGUGAACAUCUGAAGGCUGAUGUAGAGAACUCAAAUAAAGAGGACAAUAGUUCAGGGAGCAAGGAAAAUCAUGACUUUGCUAAUUUUGGAAUCGUGACUGACGAAGACAAGGACACUGACCGCGAGGCUGUGGAGAAGCUUACAAGCAUGAUAGAAGAAAGAUUAAAGACCAGGCCUCUGCCUCCUCCCCCUCCUCCAAUUACUGAUGGUGGCUCUGGGAAUUCAAACUCAGACGUCCCUGCUAAAUCAAGGGAUGGGGACUCAGAAAUGAGAAAUGAUGCAGCUGAAGAUAAAAACGAUGACGAGACAACUAGUGAAACCAAACCAACUAGUGAGCACGAUAGGCCUGAAACAAGUUCACCUGAUAGGAAUAGAAAGUAUGAGAGGAGUAGAGAUAGAGACCGAGAGAGGGAUCUGAAAAGGGAGAAGGACCGGGAGAUUGACAGAUAUGAAAGGGAAACAGAGCGAGAGCGGGUUAGAAAAGAAAGGGAGCAAAGAAGAAAGAUUGAGGAGGCUGAGCGUAAAUAUGAGGAGUGUCUUAAGGAGUGGGAGUAUAGAGAAAGAGACAAAGAGAAACAGCGGCAGAAUGAGAAGGACAGGGAAAAAGAGAGGGAACGCAAACGGAAGAAGGAGAUAAAACAUGAUGAAGAAGAUGAGGAUGAGGAUUCGAAAAGGUGGCGGCGCCGGACAUUAGAAGAAAAGAGAAAGAAGAGGCUACGGGAAAAGGAAGAGGACUUGGCUGACAGACGUAAAGAAGAGGAAGAAAUUGCUGACGCCAAGAGGAGAGCUGAGGAGGAAUUGCAACAGAAACUACAGAGGGAUGCAUUGAAGGUUUCAUCCAAUCCUGUAAUGAACGGAGUUGCAAAAACUGUUUCAGUCGAGCCAUCCAGUGUCGAAAUGAAAGAGAACGCUGUGGAACAGGAUUAUGAAGGUGAUCCUGCUCAGGAGCUCCAUACAGGUGAUGGGGUUGUACGAAAUGGUACUGGUGAAGAAUCAACCACGGCAUCAGUUGCUGUAUCAGACACACGACAUACUGGCAAUGCCCCUGCAAAAAAGUUAGGGUUUGGUUUAGUUGGCUCUGGAAAACGAACUGCUGUCCCUUCUGUUUUCCAUGAGGAGGAGGAUGAUGAUGCACAUAAGGAUAAAAAGAUGAGGCCCCUUGUCCCAAUUGAUUAUUCAACUGAGGAACUGGAGGCUGUCCAACCUACUGCACCUGGGGCACCACCAUCAAAUUUGGUUGCAGCAACAGAAUUUGCAAAGCGCAUAUCAAAUGUUAAUCCCAAAGAAGAUAAGUUUGAUGCAGAAAGGGAAAGAAGUAGACGUUCCAAUGACAAGUCAAGCCAGCGGGAUAGGGACCGGGGUGAUGAGGAUGUGAAUCGCACCAGAGAUGAGAAUAAGGAGAAGAGUCUUGACCGGGACAGGGAUCGGGGACAGGGGAUGGAUAAACUGAAGACAUCAGAAAACACAAAACUUUUGAGUUUAAAACAAUUGAUAGAUAUGAUACCAAGGACAAAGGAGGAGUUAUUUUCAUAUGAGGUUAAUUGGGCUGUAUAUGACAAGCAUGAGCUUCAUGAAAGAAUGAGGCCGUGGAUUUCAAAAAAGAUAACAGAGUUUUUAGGAGAGGAAGAAACCACACUGGUAGAUUACAUUGUAUCCAGUACUCAAGAACAUGUGAAGGCAACUCAAAUGCUGGAACUACUGCAAUCAAUUUUAGAUGAUGAAGCCGAAAUGUUUGUGCUCAAAAUGUGGAGGAUGCUCAUCUAUGAAAUCAAGAGAGUAGAGGCAGGCCUUAUUUCAAAGUGAAAAAUAUCUUAGGAUUUUAUUGUUUGAUUGCUACUUCGUUACUGCAGGACCUAUAUGCUUCACCUCAUUGGCCCUGCUCUUGUCAUCACUCACUGUAGAUUAGAGAUUAUUGAUUUUGUAUUUUGCUUCAAAGGUUAAUUAGUGAUGGACCCAUUUUUGUACCAAUUGUUUCCAUUUGGAUCCAGUAUUCAUAGUGGAAAGCAAUGUUUGGAAAAGACAUCCAUCAGUUAUCUUAAAACAAAGUUAUUUGAUUUA